AUGGAGACAAACCUCUCCGCUUCUCAUCAGAAGAAGCAGCACCAGCAAAGCAGCCGCAGCAGCUUCCCGCAACCCCGGCGAGACACCGUCAUCGUGGAUAUCGCCUCGCUUCUCAGGGGUUCCGACUCAAAUGAGUCCUCCGCGACUCGAACCCAGCAGCCUUUGUCUUCAUCGAUCUCGGUUUCCGCGCCGGUGACGUCGCCACCUAUUGGCCCAACACCUCCGGCUCCAUUGCCAACAACAUUGGCAACAAAAGUCUCGACGGUCAUAACAUCCACAUCAGCGCCAGCACCAGCUGAAACAGCUGCCAGAGACCUGGCAAGUUCGUCUUCUGGUCUCAUUGCUGGGGGAACGAUCGCCAAAGUGAGAGGGCACAGCACCUCAGCCGGCGGGGCUGCUGGGCAGCAGCCGGUUUCGAGUUCGCGGGGAGUGACAACAACAGUAACUAGUACAACGGUGCCGACGGUAACGACAACAACGACGACGUCAUCAUCAUCAUCAUCACGUAGUGCGGGGGGGACCGGAGGCAGCAAGCGCAGCAUGCCUCCUCACACGUCCGAGUCACCGGCCAAGAAGCAGAGCAAGUGGUCCCCGGAGGAAGAUGCUCUCAUCAUUGAACUACGGGGCAGUGGUAUGAAAUGGGAUGAUAUCUCUAAGCGUCUGCCGGGCCGCAGCUCUAUCAGCUGUCGAUUGCAUUACCAAAACUACUUGGAAAGGCGUAGUGAAUGGGACGAGGAGCGCAAGAACAAGCUUGCCCGGCUUUACGAGAGGUUCAAGCCAGAAAUGUGGGCAAAAGUCGCUGAAGAAAUGCAGGUCCCCUGGCGUGCCGCCGAGGCAAUGCACUGGCAACUAGCGAGUCUCAAGGCUCUCGCCGCAUUUCCCCUUCCCGGCCGGGCCAUGGUCACCAUCAUGGCCACGCACAUUCCCAUUCGCAAGGUAGCUUACCUCGCGACCUAUCCGGUUUCUCGUCUACGAGAUACGGUGGACCACAUGGUCAAGGUCUCAGCGGUGCUAUGGCUGGGGCAGCCCAGGCACCAGGCAACCCCGCAGCCACAAGUACACGCACGACAAGCCCUCUUAGCAGAACAGCAAACGCUAGUCCAGGAGGGACAAUCGGAGCAGCCCCAGGGCCGUUACUCCCUGCGCUGUCUCCCUACCCGCCGCAGCCUCUCCAACCCCCUACUAUGCAGCCCCCUCCUCCCCUUCCAGCUCCAAUCCAGUCUCCACGGCGACAACAGCAACAAGAAAGAGACCAACAAGACCAAGGGAAGGAACAAAGACAUGUCCCAACGACCACGCUCCCGCCCCCAGCACCAGCAGCAUUUGAGCCAAGCUUUGAGCCUGCCAAGCGGAGAGCAAGCCCUGCAGAGGAUGCCCUUGACAUCGGGGCCCGGGAGACAACAAGGCGAAGACAGAACCAUCAAUCGUACCACUACCCCUCUCACCAAUCUGAUGGCCCGUCUGGAGGGUAUACCUCACCAUAUUUCACAGACAGGCAUGGAGCAGGAGUGGGGCUGA